UUUUUUUCUCGAUAAGGAAGCGUCCACGAGAAAACAAGUAAAAGAAGCUCCACUUAUUUCUUUGAGAGCUCUCUCUUGAAGAAGAGAGAAAAUGGCAUCCUCCGUUACCUCGUCAAUUGUAAUCCCAUCAUUUCUCUGUAACAAGAACAUUCAGUACGUCCCUCGCCAUUUUCUCAUGCGCAAUGCACGAAAUGCUCUCAGACCCAUCAGUGCAAAGCUAUCAGAGAAGAACGCUUUACAAUACAAAAAACUCGGGGAUUCUGAUCUUGAAGUUAGCGAAAUUACUCUUGGAACUAUGACCUUCGGGGAACAGAACACAGAGAAAGAAGCUCAUGAAAUUCUUAGCUAUGCAUUUGAUCGUGGCAUUAAUAUUCUUGACACUGCAGAAGCAUAUCCGAUACCAAUGAGAAAGGAAACACAAGGAAGAACAGAUCUCUACAUUGGUAGCUGGUUGAAGUCUCAGCCCCGUGAUAAGGUUAUUGUGGCUACCAAAGUAUGUGGUUAUUCAGAACGGUCAAGUUAUAUUCGUGAGAAUGCUAAGAUUUUGCGUGUUGAUGCUGCUAAUAUCAAAGAGAGUGUGGAGAAAAGCCUUAAGCGCCUUGGCAUUGACUACAUCGAUUUGCUGCAAAUACAUUGGCCAGAUCGUUAUGUACCACUGUUUGGUGAGUUUUUUUAUGAUUCUUCAAAAUGGAGACCCAGUGUGCCAUUUGUAGAGCAACUGAGGGCCUUCCAAGAGCUCAUUGAUGAAGGAAAGGUCCGCUAUAUUGGUGUUUCAAAUGAGACUUCAUAUGGGGUUAUGGAGUUUGUUCAUGCAGCUAAAACUGAAGGGCUACCUAAGAUUGUGAGUAUCCAGAACAGCUACAGUCUAUUGGUUAGGUGCCAUUUUGAAAUUGAUCUUGUUGAAGUUUGCCACCCAAAGAAUUGCAACAUUGGCUUGCUUUGUUACUCUCCCUUGGGUGGUGGAUCACUGAGUGGGAAAUAUCUGGAUAUGAAUUCUGAAGCUGCCAAAAAAGGGAGACUGAACCUUUUUCCUGGAUACAUGGAACGAUAUCAAUAUUCACUUGCCAGGGAAGCGACAAUUCAAUAUAUUGAAAUGGCACAGAAGCAUGGUUUAACUCCAGUACAACUCGCACUUGGAUUCGCAAGAGAUCGACCAUUUAUGACGAGUUCUAUUAUUGGGGCAACCUCCAUUGAUCAACUAAGAGAAGACAUUGAUGCUUUCUUGACAACUGGGCGACCUUUGCCCCCAGAAGUAAUGGCGGAUAUUGAAACUAUUUUCAAGAGAUACAAAGAUCCUACUAUCCUUUGAGAGUUGUAGCAUUUUAAGGUUAUAUAAUCUUAUUCUUUUCUUCAGUUUUGGCCUAUGUGAAGUAUGUAAUUAGAUUCAAGACAUACUGUAUAGUGUUUUGGAUUUAUGAUCUUCUACCAACAUAUCCCAAUUAUUUAGUGCCUCUUUUUUUU